UGGACCCACCGGGGGGGGACCCACAGGGGGUAGAGAGGAGGGGGGCCCCCCUCAUGCCGCGGGACCCCCUCGUCUGCCGGGGCCAUGUUCAGCUUCGGAGGUUCAACUCCCUCGGUGACAGCGACGACGACGAGGUCGCCACCACUGGCCAGCAGCACUGAGAGCGGCUCCCAGCAGCAGCCAACUCCGUGCCCACAGGCUCAUGUAACGCACAGGGAUCUGUCUCAUCACCUCGAUUUGCAGCAGCAGCAGCAGCAUCAUCAUGACUCGAUGUGGCCCAGCGUGCACAGGUCGGAUGUGAUGGACGUGUCAGAGGGGGUCUCACAGCCCCCCACGGACAAAACUCCAGCACGACGCUACCCCCACUACGCUGAGUUCCUGGAGUUCCACGGCAGCAUCAGCAGCUGCCACAGCAACGGCCUCUUGCUGCCCACCCCCACCCCCCAGCGGGCGGGCGGGGCGGCAGCUCUGGGGGCAGCUCUGGCCGAGGGCGGCAGCGGCGGCGGCGGUGGCGGUGGCUGCUGCCCGCUGCGAGCGGACGGCUUCGGCCUGCCCUUCCCGGCGGCGGCGGCGGCGGCCAUGGCCAUGCCCCCUCGCGUGCUCGCCCCCGCAAUUCUGCCCGCACUGGAAGGUGUGGCCUUGGCGCUGCCCGCCGCCGCCCCUCCCGCCGCCCCUCCCUCGCUGGUCCCAGCCCGCCGCCACUUCUGCUACCUGCCCUACGACCUCACGACUACGCCGCCGGUGCCCUCGCUGCUGCCCCCAGCCGCUGCCCUCCUGCUGGACACCUCCAGAUCAAGAUCCUCCUCCUCCUCCUCCUCCACCAUCACUACCACCACCUCGCAGCAGCAGCAGCAGCAGCACGAGGGGCGGCGAGCAGACGCCGAGGGGGGAGGUCUCCCCUGGCGGGAUCCUGGCCGGUUGGGGGACCGCGGGGGUCACGGGGACCGCGGGGGUCACGGGGACCGCGGGGGUCACGGGGACCGCGGGGGUCACGGGGACCGCGGGGGUCACGGGGACCCCGUGGGGGAAGGGGGAGGGGUGCGAGCCAAGGGCGGGGGCGGCUCCCAGCUGACCAGGCGCAUCGCCAGCUCCGCUGGCUUCGUGGGCGACCGCUUCAAGAGUGGCAGCGGCGCCGAGCUGCACGGUGACGCUCGCUCGCUGGGACGCGAGCAGCGAGCCCUGCAGUCCGCUAUCAUUGCAGCUGACUGGAGACGGGGCCUUGUGCUCCGUGAGCAGCAGCAGCAGCAGCUGCAGCAGCAGCAGCCGGACUGCAGCAGCAGCAGCGGCAGCAGCGGCAGCAGCGGCAGCAGCGGCAGCACCGGCGGCUACCACCGCGGUGUCACCCUGCGCCCAAUCCCGGCUCCUGCCGAUACCGGGAGGGCCAUGCUGAGAUUCUCUGAGCUGGAGAUGCGGGAGCGUGGGAGGGGCGGUGGGGGCCGGGGGGAUGGCGGCGGCGGCGCUGUGGGGGCCUCUGAGUUCGAACGGGGGAUCUGGGAGGCCAUCGGGGGAGGGGUCAGCCCGGAUGAGGGGGAUUCACCAACUCACAAGCGUCACAAGAACGGCUUCCAGGAUUUCAUCCCUGUGGUCCUGAAGUCACGCACACGCAGCCAAUCAGGAGGACUCUCUCCCCUGCUGCCGUUUGGCCUCACGGUGGAGCUGCAGGGAUUCGGUCUGGAGGGUGAGCUCCACCACGGGCUACACCACCACCACCACCUUUUCCACCCGCUCAAAUGGGACCCGCACCUCCGCCAGGGGCCCCUCUACCGCCCGGGCCUCCGCAACCACCUCCGCCACGGGGCCCACCGCCACUACGGCUCCUGCAGCGACCUCCGCCAGGUGGCCGCCUACCGCGAGGGCCCCCAUGCGGAGCUCCGCGACUGGGCGCGCUGCCCCGAGUUCCCCCGCGGGGAGGGUCUCCACCACGGAGACCGCCGACUCUGCAGCUCCUCCAGCGACCUCCGCGAGGGGGCUCGCUCCCACGGCUGGUGGGAUGCGGAGCUCCGCGCGGGGGCUCACGCGAGGCUCCACGAUGAGGCUUCUCGCGCGGAGCUCCGCGAAGAGGCGGCUCGCACGGAGCUCCGCGAGGGGCCCCACGGGGGCGGCCUCAACGGUUACCGCAGCGACGGGGACCCCCCUCGUGAGGCCGCGGCGGGGGCGGCCCAGCCUUCCCAGCAUGCACCGGGGCGAGCGGAGAGCGCGGGCCCCGUGCUCGCAGUGCAUUGUGGUAGCGUGGAGGAGCCACGGGGAGAGGGACGCACAGAGCAAGGGUGUAUGAACAGCCUCCGUGUGCAGAUUCACCUGGAGACAUUGCACACAUCUAUGGAUGCACAGUCGGACAGUGAGGCAGACACGCAGGCGGACAAAGGGGCGGAGACGUCACUGGACACACAUCCAGACGCGCUGAGGGUCAGGCAGCCAAAGAUACAGUUGGACUUUCAGCCUGACGGAUGGCCCGGGGGACAGCCUGAAAGACAGCCAGGUAAAGGGCUGGACAAACAACAGCAGGACAGGCAGUUCGAGAGACAGCCCCGUGGACAGUCAGACAAUAAGCUGGAGGGACAGGCAGACGUGCAGCCAGACAGGCUAUCCGGGAGACAGCUGGACACACAGCAAGACACACAGCCGGACACACAGCCGGACGACAGAAGGAGGGACACACAACCAGACGUACAGGCAUGCAUUGGACUGUGGACUCGGCAACUUCCAAUGAACACCGCGACCCUGAGUUUCCUACAACCACCCCCAAAGACACCACUACAGCCAGCUCUACAACCUACCCUACAACCUACUCUACAACCGACCCUCCAACCAACCCUACAGCCACCACUACAGCCAGCUCUACAACCUACCCUACAACCUACCCUACAACUGAACCUCCAACCAACCCUACAGCCACCACUACAGCCAGCUCUACAACCUACCCUACAACCUGCUCUACAACCGACCCUCCAACAGACCCUACAGCCACCACUACAGCCAGUCCUACAACCGACCCUACAACCUACCUUACAACCGACCCUACAGCCACCACUACAGCCAGUCCUACAACCGACCCUACAACCUACCCUACAACCGACCCUACAGCCACCACUACAGCCAGCUCUACAACCUACCCUACAACCUAUUCUACAACCUACCCUACAACCGACCCUACAGCCACCACUACAGCCAGCUCUACAACCUACCCUACAACCUACCCUACAACCGACCCUCCAACAGACCCUACAGCCACCACUACAGCCACCACUACAGCCAGUCCUACAACCGACCCUACAACAGACCCUACAGCCACCACUACUGCCACCACUACAGCCAGUCCUACAACCGACCCUACAACAGACCCUACAGCCACCACUACAGCCACCACUACAGCCAGUCCUACAACCGACCCUACAACCGACCCUACAGCCGGCCCUAAAGCUGGCCCUGCAGCCGGCCCUACAGCCAGCCCUUCAACCGACCCUACAGCCACCACUACAGCAGAAACUACAGCCGGCCCUACAACUGACCCUACAACCAGCCCUACAGCCGGCACUACAGCCAUCCCUACCACAGACCCUACAGCCAGCCCUUCAACCGACCCUACAGCAGGCUCUACAGCAGAAACUACAGCCGGCCCUACAACUGACCCUACAACCAGCCCUACAGCCGGCACUACAGCCAUCCCUACCACAGACCCUACAGCUGGCCGUACAGCCAGCCAUACAGCCGGCCCUACAGCCGGCCCUACAGCCAGCCCUACAGCCGGCCCUACAGCCGACACUACAGCUGGCACUACAGCCGGCACCACAGCCGGCUUCCAUGCCAAAGUCGCUUGAGCGGUCCAUGUACAGCACAGGACAGGCUGUCACACAGCUACAGCCACCACCACUACAGCCGCCACCACCACCACCACUACAGCCACCACCACCACAACAGCUCGCCAGUCAGUGGAGAGAAAAGCCGCACAAGCCGACGGGCAGUGCCCAGGCAGAACAGUCACCAGAGCAGAGAGACAGGCGGCUGAAGGGACAGCCCAAGCAACAGCAGCAGCAGCAGCAGCCCAGGGCACAGGCGGCACAGCCUGCAAGACGGCCACCGCGCAGAGACCACAGGCAGCCAAUCCAGCAGCAUCAUCAUCAGCAGCAGCAUCAUCAUCUUCAGCAGCAGCAGCAACAUCAUCAGCAACAGCAGCAUCAUCAGCAACAGCAGCAGCAUCAUCAUCAGCAACAGCAUAAGCAGCAGAGUGUGCCUCACUCCACACCACCAGCGCAGCUGCCGAAACAGCAGCAUCAGUGUCUUCAUCAUCAUCAUCAGCAGCAGCAGCAUCAGGCUCAGCAGCAUCAGCAGCAGGUGGCCCAGCGUAAACAGCAGCAUCAGUGUCAGCAGCACCAACAGCACCAUCAGCCUCAGUGUCAGCAUCAGCAGCAGCUAAGUCAGUGUCAGCACCAUCAGCAGCAGCAGUUGGCCUCACAGCCAGCUGUUAACUUCACACAGCCAGUAUGGAAACAGCAUCGGCAUCAGUGUCAGCAGCAGCAGCAACAGCAGAAUCAGCAGCAACAGCAGAAUCAGCAGCAACAGCAGCAUCAGCAGCAACAGCAGCAUCAGCAGCAGCAGGCCUCACAGACAGCAAUGACCCAUUCAACACAGCCGACACAGCCUAUACGGAAACAGCAGCAGCAUCUUCAUCAGCAACAGCAUCAGAAGCCGCAACAGCAGCAGCAUCACUAUCAACAACAGCAUCUUCAUCAGCAAAAGCAUCAGAAGCAACAGCAGCAUCAACAGCAGGCCUCACAGCCUGCUCUACCCCAUACCACACAGCCUACGCGAAAAAAGCAACAGCAGCAUCAGCAGCAGCAACAACAGUCGGUUCUUCCCCACGCCACACAACCGGCAUGGAAACAGCAGCAGCAACAGCAGCAGCAGCCCUCACAGCCUGCCCUACAUCACACCACACAGCCAACGCGGAAACAGCAACAGCAGCAGCAGACCGCACAGCUUGUCCUACAUCACACUGCACAGCCAACGCGGAAACAGCAACAGCAGCAGCAACAACAGCACCAACAUCAGGCCUCACAGCCUCCACAGCCAAUGCGGAAGCAGCAACAGCAGCAGCAACAGCAGCAGCAACAGCAGCAGCAACAGCAGCAGCAACAGCAGCAGCAACAGCAGCAUCAUCCCCAUCAACAGCAGCAGCAGCAUAAUCAGCAGCAACAGCAGCAGCAGGCCUCACAGCUGACGCUAGCGCACGGCACACAGCCAACACAGCUGCAGAAACAGCAGCAACACCAUCAGCAGCGUCAUCAACAGCAGCGCCAUCAGCAGCAGCAGCAGCGUCAUCAUCAUCAGCAGCAGCACCGUCAUCUUCAGCAGCAGGGCGCCCGGCGAGGCCGGAAGCCGCACAAGCGUCGCCCGCUGCUCCUGGGUGGGGAGCAGCGGCACGAUGAGUGGGGGGCCGCGCCCCCCGCCAAGCGCCGGCGGGUGGGGGUCCCACUGGAGGGCCCCCCCGGAGGGGGAGAGAGGGACAAGCUGCCCGGCAAACGCAAGUACAAGAGCAAGCACCUGAGCGGAGGAGGAGCGCAGGAGGAGACAGUGGGGGAUGCCGACAUGGAGAUGACGCAGGCAGCGGUGGCGGCGGGCGACCGGGGGGCCUGGCGGAGCCGCCUGGCAGAGUGGGUGCCCGAGGGAGGGGUUGCGGGGGGCGGAGGGGGGGCGGGGGGGGCGGGGGCACGCCCCCCCCCCGAAGCGAGGCGCCUAAUCGUGAACAAGAACGCCGGGGAGACGCUGCUGCAGAGGGCCGCACGGCUGGGAUACCGCGAUGUGGUGCUGUACUGCGUGGACGCGGGGGUGUGCGACGUGAAUCACCGUGACAACGCCGGCUACUGCGCACUGCACGAGGCCUGCGCCAGAGGCCACGUGGCCAUCGCCCGCGCCCUGCUGGCUCACGGGGCAGACGUCAACUGCAGCGCUCAGGAUGGCACGCGGCCGAUCCACGACGCGGUGGAGAGCGACCGUCUGGAGCUGCUCCGCCUGCUGCUGGCGUGUGGCGCAGACCCGGCCCUGCAGCCCUACUCAGGGCGCGCCCUCAGCACCAUGGUGCACAGUGUUAGCAUGGGGGCAUUCCUACGUGAGUACCUGCUGGAUCUGCGGGGUAGAAGCCCAGACGACCCUGGACUCUUUUGGGACUUCCACGGCAGCGAAAUCUUCGAAGAGGUCGAGGAGCAAUGCGGCUAUGCGGUUUUGGCCGCCCCUCCGGGUCCCGGGGCGGGUGGGGGAGGGGCCCCCGUGGGCCCUGGAGACGGAGGCGGCGACGAGGGCGGAGUGCUCUUUGAGUUCUCAUCGGAGCCCCAACUCCCGGCACACCACGUCCAGAUCUCCCUCUCGCAGGGGCCCAGGAACUGGCUGCUGCUGAGCGAGGUUCUGUCGCGGGUUCGCCUCUCUCUGGCCGCGUUCCGCGCCGCGCUGCCCGGCGCGCUCCUGGCCAGUGCCCCACGCCGACUGCUGCGGGCGCAGGCGGCCGCUUCCCAGCUGGGACCUGCGCCGGCGGGGGAUGGUGGGGGUGGGGCAGCGGAGGAGGAGGAGGAGGAUGGCAGGGGGGGUGACGAGGCGGGGGGGGGCGGUGCCGUGGUGCGGCUGGUGCAGCUCACGCCAGACCUCAUGGAGCUGCUGGGUUCCUCCGUGGAGACACUGCCCUCCGGCUGCUGACGGUCGAAGGCCCCGGGGCCCGCGACGGGCCCCGUGACGGGGCCCGCCCCGAGGCCCGCACCGGGGAGCCGCCGUGAACUUUGAUGGACCCCGCCGGGGGUCUGUGAUAGUGCCCGGCCCAAGACUCGCGCCAGGGGGCCGCGGUGAACUCUGAUGGACCUCGCCAGGGGGCAGGCCAGACCGCACGGGUGUUCAUGGGCCCCACUGGGCCCCACCGGGGAUGUGUAGCAGUGUCCCACCUGACCGAGGCCUCCACCAGCUCGCCCGUGGGUCUUGGCGGACAGCUCGGUGUGAGGAGGCCAACAGCUAGGGCGGGCUGUGUAGCACGAGGAGGAGGAUGUGGGGGAGGAGGAGGAGCAGGACGAGGUGGAGAAUGUGGGGAAGUAGGAGGAGGACGUGGAGGAGGAGGACAUGUAGGAGGAAGAAAUGUGGAGGAGGAGGAGGAGGUGGAGAUGGUGGUGGAGGAGGAGGUAGCUCAGGCCACACGCCAGACCGCAGGAGGCCUCGUCGGAAUCUGGGCAUUGUGGGUAACGGGCAUUGGGGAUGAGGGCAUCUCCAUGGGGACCGUGGAAUAUUCUGUGUGUGAGCACACACACUCUCACUCACACUCAUUCACACUCACUCGCACUCGCUCACAAUCACUGUCACUCAUUCACACUUACACACUCACAUUCACUCAUUUACUCACCCACACACACACUCAAACACACACUCACACACUCAUUCACUGUCACUUACACACUCACUGACAUUCACUCACGCUAUUUAUAUUUUGCGACACUGAAUUGUUUCACUGCGGUGGUGGCAGCGGUUGUGGCUGUGGUGGUUGGGGUGGUGGUGGUGGCGGUUGUGAUGGUGGUGGUUGUUGUUGGUUGUUGUGGAGCUGGUUGUGAUUGUGCUGGCAGUUGUGGUGGUGGUUGUGAUGGUGGUGGUGGCGGUUGAGAUGGUGCCAUGGCGGUUGUAGUGGUGACGAUAGCAGUUGUGGUGACGGUUGCGGUGGUGGUGGCGGAGGUUGUGGUAGUUGUGGCAGUGGUUGUGGCGGCAGUUGUGGCUGUGAUAGUUGUGAUGGUGGUGUAUAGAAUGAGAAAGUGUCGCCCCUUGUGUUGCUUUUGUAUAGAGGUGGUGCACACAGGGACACGUUUGUGUGUGUACACGUGUGUGUGUGUGUACACGGGUAUGUGUGUACAUGUGUGUGUGUGUACCUGGGGAUACAGGUACCCGUGUGUACACGUGGGCAUGGCAGAUGGGAGAAUGUGUGCGGUCGUGUGUACACGAGGACGCAAGAAUGUGUAUACACAUGGUGCAGGAGCACGUGUGUACACGCGGCUGAGUGUGUACACGUGGCUGUGUAGACGUGGAAAUGAGGAUACAUUGAUGUCGGUGUGUGUACACGCAGGCAUGUAUACAUGUGACUGUGUACAUGCGGCUGUGUGUACACGUGAAGCCGGGGGGGGGGGGGGGGAUACACGAAGAUGUGUGUACUCAUGCACACGCUUGUAGCACGUGCGACGUGGUACCACUCCACUGCUGGAUUGACUACGAUGUACAGUAAAUCAGAGUUAAAAAGAUUAUGUUUGACA